AUCAUAGCGUCAGUGCGAGUGGAUGUGUUGUUGUCGUCUUGCCGCUUAUCUUUAUUCUAAUAAACAUUGAAACUAAAAAAAAGUAAACUUGACAACACUACGAGAAAUUACUGUAAACAUUUCCAAAGUUUUCCCUCAACAUUCUGUAACAAAGAAAAACAUUAAGUAACUUUACCCUGAUUAAAUACAGAAUUAGUUUAAGAAUUCCUGUAUUUGGGAAUUGAAAUAAACUUUUAGAGAAUUUUAUACACAAUUAUUAGUUGAGGUGUUGAUGUAAAACUGUAUAGAGGGUUAUACACUAUACAUGGAUAAUAAGUGAGUAUAGUGAAGUUAUACACGAACAAUAAAGUGAAGAAAAUAGUGAGAUUAUACACCAUACACGAGAAUUAAAGAGAAGAUAGUGGACUUAUACACUAUACACGUAUAUAGAGUAUAGUGAAGUUAUACACUAUUCACGAACAAUAAAGUGAAGAAGCUAGUGAAGUGUGUUGACCCGUGAGUGAGGGAGCCACGCGGUGUAUAAGGAGGAAUAGGGCGGUGUAUGAGGCGCCCUUACACCUCGGGAGAUGCUGUGACCAAGACCAACACCAUCAUGAAGAGUCCGCCGCUCGAGGGAGGUGAAGGACCCUGUGAAAUCCUGCAGGAUGCGGUGCAUAGUGGUUUGUCCCUGCUGGCGGGCGGAGGAGCAGGUGAAGGGGGAGGUGGAAUAAUUGGGAUAGAGUCACAGGGGGCCUCACAAGCACCCCAGGAGGCCCUUUCCUUUCUUCAGGGAGACCUCGUACCCCACACCAACUUCACACACACCUUCCUCAAGUCCAUACUUACCUCCAUUGACAGCAAGGACCCUAUGGUAGCUAAUGCUUGGCUGGAAACUCUGUUAGAUGUGAUCGAUCUUCUUCCAAAAGAAGUCAUUAAAGAUGAGAUUUUAACCCUGGCUGUGAGCAAGGGACAGUCACAGCAGGUGUCUGCCCGUCUAGCUGCUUGUAAGCUUAUUGGCAAGAUAGCGACAAAGUUUGAACCAUUUCUGUUAAAGACUGAGGUUGUUGGUGUAGUACAAAGUUUGUGUCAAGAUGUGUGUGGUGAGGUGCGAGGCAGCAUGUGUAGCCAACUGGCUGCUGUGGCCAGGGGUCUGGGGCUGGAUGCUACCAAGACCCACAUCCUCCCAGAGCUAGUAGAUCUCUGCUCAGAUGAAGAGACUAAUGUUCGGUUGGCAGGGAUAAAUACUGUUGUUUUGAUGAUUCCCUUGCUUGAUGAUGAAACUCGUGUGGGAACGUUGGUUCCUCUGGUGCGGAAGGUGUGUGAACGAGCACUGAGAGUGGAAGAUGCCUCCUUACCUGUUACUGCUCAUCUCUUGGGACGCAUAUGUCACGGCCUACAUGAUGAACUUACUGAAGAACAGAAGAGCUGGUUCCUUAAUUUCUACUGUACACUUGCAAAACUGGGACUUCCAGAUUCCAAAAAAACAGAGCUUCCAAUGCCAGACUUGGUAGCUGAAGUUCGCAGUGGGGAGUAUGAGGCUGAGUGUCGACAACAGUGUGCAUAUAAUCUGCCAUGUAUGGUGGCUUUUGCUGGAGGCUCAACCACUUACCGAACCAGCUUGCAUGACACUGUCUCCUCUCUUGUUACUGAUCCCAGUCAACAAGUACGAACAACAGUAGCAGCAGCCUUCCAUCAGCUGUGUACAUUGGUGAGUAGUGAGGUGGGGCUUCUGAAGGAGGGACUUCUACAGUUGUUGCGAUCAGAAAAUCUCGACAUACUGGCUGCAUUAAUUCCUAACCUUCCUCACAUCAUCACCACCAUGCACAGAAACAAUGCAAUCACGCCACAGUCACCGAGAGGAGAACUUAUGGAACUCGUGGGAGCCAUCAAACAAGGAGAGGAGACAGUCAGCAUAACCAGCUUGUGGCGGGUACAUGCAGAAGCUCUCACACAAGCGGCAGCACUUGCUCCCUGUCUUCCUUCAGACCUCAUCUUUACUCAGCUUGUUCCUCUCAUGUUCAUUAGGAUGCAGACAGCUAGGCCCAUACCAUGUCGACUCGCUGCUGCUAGAACGUUGCUUGUGUACCUCCGACAUAUGAACACCUCGGAGCAUAGAGAGCACAUCAGUAAUACCCUUGUGUCAGAAUUUUGUGAGGGAAAUAGUUGUCACAAGAGAAUGCUGUUUCUGAACAUAGCUACAUUGGUUCUUGAGAUGUUCUCCAAGGCUUUCUUCAAAUCAUAUUUCUUCAGGCCACUGCUGUCUUUACAUAGUGACAGAGUUGCCAACAUUCGGUUGAAGUUGGUGGUAUUACUUCCCCAGAUGAAAGCUACAAUCUCACUACCUGAGGAUAAAGCUCGACUGCAGGAGCUGGAGACAGUAGUAGGCAGCUUAUUGAUGAGUGAGAGUGACCGAGAUGUGUCAGCUGCCAUAUCCACCACCAUCACUCAGCUUGACAAGAUUGAAGUUUGUGAAUGCCAGCGUGGCUCCCCAGAGGGUGACUCUGGUGGUCAAGAGACAGAGGAUGAGAGGAAGGAGAGACAAGAACGAAGAGUUGUCAAUGGCUCCAAGGCAACAGACAAAAAAUCUCCAGAUGGAAAUCGAAGUGAAGGAGGAAGUCUAGGUGAGCGACGUUCAGGACAAAGAUCAAGCCGUCGCAGUUCUGGUAUCGGUCGACUGCCCCCGUAUUUAGAAAGGAGGCGCAGUAACUCUCAUGCACCCAAGCAGCCACCAGAUGAACACACAAUACUCCGGGGUGCUGGAUAUCAAGCUUCUACCACUAACACAUCUCCUAGCUCUGCUACUAACCCUUCUGAUUGGUCUCUUGAUGAUGACGAUGACAACGAAUUGGAUAUUAGUGACAUCUGUGAUGAAGUUCUUCUUAGUCCUGAAGAACCUAGUAUUGACUGGGAGGAACAGCUUUCUCCUGAGUCUCCAAGGAUCACCAGAGAUCCUCCAUCUUCAACUACAUCACGUGCCAGUAGAUCGCCGCACCCACGGGACAGGCAUUUGGAAUCUAGAGAUUUACUUUCAGAAUCCAGAGAUAAUCUCUCAACUUGUAGAGAUAAUCUUUCAGGUUCUAGAGAUAGUUUGUCAGGAUCUAGGGAUAGACUUUCUGAAUCGAGGGAUCGCCAUGCAGAUACUCGAGAGAGAAUCUCAGAAAAACGGAGCAAACCCGUAUCUUCCCGUCGAUCACCCUUCUCAGCAUUGCCCUCUGACAAUGGUGAUAAUGGAGACCGAAUAUCAGAGAAACUUUCAGCGAGGGAGGUCUUCUGGCUACGUACAUCUCGUCCCCGUUGGCGAAGAAAAGUGGCAUCGGCAGACACGAGCCCCGAAGAGCCACGGCGAAAUAGGUUUGGUCGAGGUUGGUCAAUAGAUGGACGAGGCAGUCAUUCCGACACCGAAGAUCCCGAUAUUCUCUACGACGGCCGUCGUCACACCAAUAAAGACAACAAAGUUCAGUCUCCGAGUUCCCACAGCACAGCCAGCCCGCCUAGUCCACACGGUAUGUAUACUUGGCCUCCACAACAUACCCGUCAUCGCCAUCACAGUUCUUCAGAGUCGGAGGAAUAUGAAAAUGAACAUGAGCCCAACCGUCAUGAAUCAUCUCAACGCUCUGGAAACUAUGAUGCAGUGUCACGUCGACGUAGUCCUCCCUCUCAUCAUUAUGAAACUUCUGUUCUUAAAAAUCGACAUUUUGAUUUAUCUCCCCGAAGGAGUGAAUCAUUGGAUGCAUAUAAUACUCGAUCUCAUCACUCAGAUAAAUCUUCUAAACGUCAUAACAAAAUCACAAAUUAUCCAGAGUCGUCAUCUCAUUAUUACAGUCCAUCCAACAAAGAAGAAACUUCUUCACAAAAAUAUAACAACUCAACACGUUCUCUUGAUCCAUCCCCACACCACAUACAGUAUAUUAGUCAUCCAAAUGAAAACGACAGUUCAUUGGGUGGCCGUCAGCGAGAACGUUCUUCCCAGCCUCUGCAUGACAGUAGGCCACGUCGAGUUGCUUAUCCUCGGGAUUCUGAAGAUCCUUACAUAUAUCAUGGUCUUCCCCCAACCCUUGCUCCUCAUCUCUCUGCUAUGUAUUCUGCCCAUUCUCUCCCCACACACUUCUCUUAUGAUCACCCCGAAGAUUAUCUGUCUUCACUUGCUUUUACUGAACCAUUCAGCCCAGACCCUUAUCAUGCAGAAAUGUUUGCUGCUGCUGAACUUUAUCCACGAGAGCAUUAUCCUCCGUACGGCUACGAUGGCGAUCGACCCAGAGGAACCCGCGAACACGAAACUAGAAUGCUGGAGCAGCCUCCCCAUUCAUAUUUUUUAUUAGACACUGCAGAGUUAGCACCCUGGUCUUCACCACCAGCUUACCCUAUAGGACCUCUGGGUGCUUCCUGGCUGCAGCAUGGCCUUCACCCUCUGGCACGUAUUCCUCCUUGUCUCAUUCCUACACCUUAUUCCCGCCCAAGACCCCAUCCCCCCUUAGCUUCUCCUCCGUGGCGCCUUACUCAUCCUGCUUCUUUCCCCAGCAUGUCUACACUCGACCCCACCACGGAUGAGUUCUUGGUUGAUGCCGGUAUACGUAUUGAUGAAUCCGUCAUCAAAAGUCGUCUGCCCACUCCACAGAGCAAUGCAACACGGAUUUCUCGUUGGAGGCCUUCAGAUCGCCCUUAUGCUAGCCAUCUAUCCUCUAGCAAUGAAGGUGGUAGCAUGGAUAACAAGAGUCGAGGUAGCAAUAAUUUGGGUGGUUCCCGUUUGAGACAACCUUCCACCAACACUUCAGUAAGUAGAAUACCUGCACCACCAGGUACAUUAGGACACCAGAAUGAUUCACCUCGUGGUCAGGAUGAGCAAAGUAGUAAUCAUAGGGAUUCACAGACCUCUUCAGGGACUAGAAGAGGUAGCCAAGGUGGCAGUGGGUCAACUGGUAGUAAUGUUGUGACCCGACUUCGACCACCAUCACGUCCCAGCAGACCAGUUUCUACUGUUGCUUCAUCUCCUUCUCGUGGCCCACUUCCAUCACGUACAAAAUCUCUCAGUCAUGAAAACUUACGUACAUCUCCUUCCAGGUUAGCUCUUCCUACCUCUCCGACAGUGUCUCCAAAUUCUUCCCGUGCCGCCUCCCCUCACACAUCACCUCAAGAAACAGAAAAUCGUCCCAGAACCCUUAAUGUUAUUGGCUCACGUUUAAGGCAACCUCAAGUUCGUACGCCAAGGAACAGAGGAUCUAGACCUACAAGCUGCAGUUCAUCUCCUGGGGGUUCGCGUUGUUCUUCCCCAGGGUUAGAUGGUCCGGUGAGUGGCUUUGGCAGAGGUAGCCGUAGUGGAAGCCGUAAUGGGAGUACAAGUUCAUCUCCAGCCACAUCACGCUGUUCCUCACCUGCUGCUGAAGAUCUGCGUUCCUUGUCCCGCGGCUCACAACAUAGGUCUUCAGCGUCUGUGACACGUGGUAAUUCAGCCAUGUCUCGAUCGAGUCGACACACUUCUGGCUCCACUCCUGAACAAGUCACCACCCCUCCCUCUCCUAUACCUUCACCACGAACUCAACGACAGGGUUCAUCCAUUCCCAAGCCAUCUUCUGUAUCAAGGGGGAAACCAGCAGGAAGUAAAUUGCCUCUCCCUACAUCAGCAAAAAACUAGUAUUAACAGUCUUUGCUACAUCCUUAAUUUUAUUCCUUUAUCUUUUAUGCAUUGUUUCUGGAGUACUUAAAGAGGCGAGCCCAUGUCAUUUUAUUUUUUAACAGGUAUUUAGUAAAAACUUAUUGUGAAUACUGAUGAAUGCUUAAAGCCCAAGCAGAAUUUUUUUAUGACUAGCCCCAGGCCUUUUAUUUAUAAUUUUUCUAUACAGUUUGUUGUAAGAUACACAGCUGUUAUGGAUGCUUUUAUUCAUUAUAUAGCACAGCACAUAAAUAUACUUUGUUUUCAUAAAAUGGAAGAUUUUUUAAAUGUUUUCCCAAGCCAUCUGUGACUUAACAAGACAUCCACCUCCCCGCCCAUUUUAUGAUCUAGUCAACACUUCAGCUUCAUGUAGUUCUCAAAAUGUAGACCACAUUGGUGACUAUACUGGCCAGUUUACUUAAAAAGCUUAAACACUUAUAAUAUUGACUUUCAUAUAAAUUUAGAAAUACAAUGCAGAAAUAAUAUAGAUAAAUAACCUAGGAAUUCCAAGUGAAUAUCAUAAGGGUCAAAUAACAGGUGCCAUAUAUGAAGGUCAUAGGCUAGGUUAUGGCUGCUUUCCUCUGUUAUUUGAUCUUGGACGUGUUUGUAAUGCAGUGAUGAUAUCAACAAGACCUGCUGAAAAUAUACUGGUUCUCUGUAAGGGUAUUAACAAAGGGCUUCUUAUAUUGAUCUGUAUUUUAUGUUGUUCAAGAUGACACAGAUUGUUAUCUGUAUUGAUUUAUGGUAUACGUACAGGAAUAAACUGCAGGACUUGGGGGCAUUCAGAAUAUAUCAGAGGUGAUAUAUGAACGGCAAAUAUAAACAAGUGCAAUAAAUAUAAUAAUACACGAGUUAAUUUUUAUCUCAUGUUUAUGAUUGUCAUCAGGUAGUAAUGCAUUUAGUGUAAUAAUAAUGAAUAUGUCAGAAAAAACCUGAAAUUUUAAAAAUAUUUUUUCAAGACCGAAGUGACUAAAAGUGCUGUAAGUAAUUUUGAGCCUUGCACUCUAGGUGAUGCUAACCCCAAAGUUUUCAAAAGACAUUAUUAAACAGGUUAAUUUUUUAGAAAUAUUAGCUAUGGUUAAAUGAUGUAUAUUCAGCAUGGAAAUGGGAAUUAUGAAAUGAAUAUUUCUUCAAAUGCUGAAAUUCUUUGCUUUAAUUAUAUGUUAACUGUAGCAGUAAUGGGGAUCACAGUAAAUGUAGUUUUUGAUACACAGUAUUUGAAAGUAAUCAUGAAUGAUGUUUUUAAUCUUUAUGAUAAUGCAUGAAUCUGUUGGCAUGCAAUUUUUAUUUUAUUUUAGUGGCUUGAAUAGUUCAAAUCACUUAACUACUUUAUUUAUGCAUUUUUACUUAAUAGUUAGUGAUAAUGGAUAAGUAUAGUGCUGUGGAUUAAAAAGUAAUAAUUACCUCAGAGAAUGUGCCAAAUUUCAGCACAUCUCAUUCAGUUAGGUUUACUGUAUAAUAGAUACUUAAUUAAAGAGCUUUACUUGACUUUGUGUCUACUUUUAAAGUUAAGAUAAUUAUAAGUGUUAAAUUAACCGAUUUUUAACUUCUGGGGCUUCACCAAAUGACCUGUGAGAUUCAGGCUGCUAAAGUGCCAUCUGACAGAACUGUCUUUUACCAGAGGACUUCAUAAUUAUAUUCAAUGGCAGCAUACACUAAGUCAACAAAAUCAAAUAAUGAUUCUACUGUACUACAAGCAGGACUUUCUCACCUGGGUGUAUCAGGAUCAGGAUCAAAGAAUUUAUUCCAUUUAGUCUGAAAGUUGAUCUAAGAUCCAAUGAAGCUUCGGGUCGGAAAUCAAAACCCUUUCAGUAGAUUUACAUAAUUGAAACUUCUUCAGACCAUAAAAGGAAGUUUGUAUGCCAAUCUUCUCCAAUCUUGCACCACCAAAGUGCCAUUGUUGUCAUUGGGUAUGAAAGUUAUGUUGGCUCUUAAGUUUUGUUCAUAAGGUUGAGAUCAGUGAUGUUUAGGUAGAUGGUUGUCUGCCACCCUUUACCUGUGCUCAAGUGUGUACAGUACAUGUGUUUAUAUAUAGAGUAUAAGAAGGAGGGAAGAAAUAUGUUAGAUGAUAUUAUCCAUGUUCACUUGUAAGAAUUUAAAUUUAUCUUAAACCUUUGUUACCAUAAAAUGAACCAAUUAUCUUUUAAAUCAGAUUUACGCCAGUAAGAGAUAUGUAUUAAUACUUGAUUGUUAAUUAAAUCCAGGUAAACUCACAACAUGACCAGAACACAUCAUUUAUGAGGUUUUGACUUAGCUCUAACCCCAAUGGAGAGAAGAAUCCAUUAUGAUUUUUUUUUUUUUUUUUAAUCACACAGCUCAGGAAUGUGUGGCUAUAGGAAGUAACAAUUAUGUGAGUCCUUACUUCUUGUACAGAAGUGAUCACUCCCCAACUGAGGUACGUGUAGCAUCUAGUACAGGUAUUAACAAAUUACUUCCUUCUCACCAUUUCCAGCUAAUUAAUAAUCUCGGAUCACUCUGAAGCCUGGUGGGUCAUUAAGGAUUUAAUUGUGAAAUAACAUUUGUUACUAAGAGGCACUAAUUAGUCAACUGGUCACCCUGCUUCCCUAAGUGGGAUUACAAGUUAACGGAAAAUGAGAUGACUGGCAUGUAAACUUCCUUUAAUGGCCACGAAGAAUUUAAAUCUCGUGAGAGUACUGAAAUAAUUCAGCCUCACUGAACCUCUCGCCAACCAUUGGAUCAAAUCUUCAACCUCAGUUCUCAAUUUGAUGAGAAUAUGCCAUUUGUUGCAAAAACACUGUCUGGCCUUGUGUGCAUGGAUUGUGUACAGUAUUCUGCCAGUACGUAUAUGUGUGGAGACCUCUGGUAAAGGGAUGUUUUAGCAGAGGAUGUAUUGUAUCAACAAUCUGGGUAUCAAAGAUCAUUUAUUCUUCUUGUUCAUGAACUUGGUUUACAUACUGCGGUCCUUCAUUUACACACCUUUUAUGGCACCGUAUUAUUAAGUUGGAAAUAGAUACUGUAUGUAUAUUUUAAAACAGUAUUUUACAAAUGAUGUUUCUUGUUUAUACAUCACAUAUACAGUACAGAUAAUAUUUUGUUUAACAUUAACCUCAUCCCUGAGGGGUUUUUUUAUUCUUGUUUUAUUGCCAACAGUUGAAGUCAUGGUCAUUCUAGUGUGGAGCUCAAUGUUUUAGCUUCAUAUUUUUUACUUUCAACUUAAUAUUUUAUAAUUUUUGCUUUAGUUGUGUUUUAUAUUAAAUCCCCUUUCAGGUGUCUGUGUUUUGUGAAGAAACAGACACUACUGUACAUUAAUUUGUCUUUUUUUAGAAUAUUAAUUCUCUACAAGCAAAGUUGGGAGGGAAUAGCUUUCUUAGAUAUUCCAGUAGAACAUCUUAUUUCACCCUACAUCAACUAGUGUCAGAAAUAACUACAGUACUGUACUUUACUGUAUUUGAAACAAGAAAGUAAAUUAUUAUCCUGUUGUGGAAUUGGAAACUCUUUAAUGGUGCUUUGUCUAUAUUGUUCUUGCAUAUUUUUUCGUUUAAGAAUUGUUUUUGAAAUAUAAUCGCCCAGACUUUAAUGUAACUGUAACAAAAAUGUAUUUGAUAACUUUAGCCUGUGAGACGAGGGUUUCAGAAAUGUAAGUAUAGGUAUAUUGCAAACAAAUUGGUGUGCUUUAUACUGACCCCUGUAAAGAUCCUCAAGUCAAAUUAUUGUAAAUGCAGAGUGACUUUACCAUUGUUUUUGUAGACACUGUCAUGUGAUCAUGGAGGCCAAGAGGGUCAUUUCACCUUUUUGUUAAUAUUGUAUUCCCCUGAUUAAUCCAUUAUUUAUUAAUAUUUUUUCUUCAGUAAGACCAGUAAUGUAUAAUCAUUCUUACUAUGAACUCUUUAUUUUUUUAUGGUAUAUUUCCCUUCCACUCCCACAAUAACAAUAACAUUUUGGGCACUCCAGUAUGUACAGUUGACUGCUUAAAUAUUAUGUUUUGAGGGGAAGCUGUAAUUUGCAUUUUUCUGUCAGCAUUAAGGGAACCAUAACUGUGUUCUAUAUACAGUACUGCAAUUAGUUUUGUUCAGCUCAGAUUUAUAUUUAAUAAAGAUUAGUACGUACAGUACUGUGUCAUGAUAAAGCAUCUUGAUAUAUUUUUUAUGAUAGGAAUUACUGUAUAUCCUUUGGAGAUAUAUUUUUUCCCCAUGCUGGAAGUCAGGUACAGUAUGUUCUUUAGAAAUACCUGUAUCCUGUUUGUUAUACAAUACUAGUCAUAUUUUCUCAUUGAGGUUUUGAAAUGUUUGGAAUACAGCAUUGGCAACUUUUAUUGGUGCUGUGUUUGAUGACCUUUACUCAAUUAGUAUGACAGGUAUUCAUUUUUAUGAGGAAGAAGAUGAAGAAGAGAAAUAAUAUAUUAGACUUGAACUUUGGAUUUGGGUUACUGGAAAUUUUGGUAUUGUAUUGUAUUAACACAUUUUAGAAAUUAUUAGUAGCUUUCAUGAUGCUGAAUUGUGGAAAUUGAUGCUGUACUUUUAGGUCUGUCAGCAUUGACAUAUACUGUACUACUAAAUGUAUUUGAUUUUAAAACAAGUUAAUGAGGCUUUGACGUUUAUCAAGGAUUUUGCAAUUUAUGAAAUACUGUAAUAUACCGGGUAUAUAUUUUUAUCAUUCACUGUGAGCACCAUUAUUCUCCAUUAUUGUACAUCUUAUAUGUCUAAUAGUGAUGUUAGUUAUAUUAAAUUUUAUGAUUUAUAUCACAGGAUAUAAUCCAGCAUGUAUGUACAUUUUAUGAGUUAUAUAAAUAUGAGUUUUAAUAAUAGAUAAGUGCUCAAAUAUCAUAGAUUUUAUAGAAUAAAAAGGAACAGAUGUGAUAGCAGCUUAGUAAUUUAUUUGAUUUAAUGUUUAUUGUAGAGAAGGUAAUUUAUUGUAUCCCUAAUGUAGUUUUCCUCUUAUUUUUAUAAUUAUUAAUCAUCAUUAUUAUUACUGUAUUGUUGUUUAUGUGGAAGAUUAUCAUAUAUGGAAUUAGUUAAUUGUACACAGGUAGAGAUUGGAAUCUAUUAAGUAGUUACUUAUUCUAAGUUAUAAUACUGUAGGUACUACUAGACAUUUACUUUGAAUGGCUAAAAGAUGUAUCAGUACCUUGAACUAUGAGGUAUGUUGCUGAGCUUCAGAGGUUUCUCAACAUGUGCAUAUAGUAUGGUAUAGUUUUUAGUUCCUUGAAGGUUAUAGAAAUAUGCCCAUGUUUUAUAGAUAAGGAAAAUAAUUAUGUAUCAAAGGCAAGUAAAUUAGUCAAGUAUAAAUAAAGACGUUUUGAGGUCCUGGUUUAUACUACUGCAGUACUGAUCUUUUAAGUCCUUCUUUACCAUUAACAAACUGCAGUACAGUAUCAGUGCCCUGUUGGGUGUGUGGUUUGCAUAUAUUGUACUGUACUGUACCUGUACCACAGCUUUGGCGUGAGGUAAAGCUUCCUUUUAUCUGGUGUGCAGAUGUUGAGUUAUUAUGGUGAGGAGUUUGGGUUUCCUGAGACAAAUUAAUGGGUUUUAAGAUGAAAGAUCUGCUUGAGACAGACUCAUUAAAGGAUUAUUUUCAAAGUACAA